UCAGUGUUAUGGAGCUUUGGGAGGAACUGUGGACAUACAAUUUAUGGAAAACACCUCAGAAAUACCCAGAUACUUCUUGUUAAAGGAUUCAUUAAAAAUACUAGACGUGAGAAGGACAUUUAAGUUUUUUUCUAAUACCAUAGAACACAGAUCUCUCAUUUUUCCCAGCAAUGGGACAUUUAGGAUCAGUGAUAUGAGCAGGAAUGACAGUGGUAAUUACAGCCUUCAAACCUUUGAUUCAAAAGGAACGGCAUCAAACGAGCGGACCUUACGGCUGUUAAUUCAUGCUCCUGUGUCCUCCGUCCUGCUGGUCUCUGAGUGUCUGUCCCAGGGAGAGAUGAGGGUGUCCUGCUCCUCUGAGGGAGGGGACAGUCCUCAGUACAGCUGGACUCUGGAUGGACGCACACUGACAGAUGCUGAGCUCCUUUCUGGAAAUAAUGAGAGUAACAUCAUCACACUGAAACAGCACGUCUCAGGACGUCUGGUCUGCUCAGUCAGGAACAACGUCAGUAAUGCCUUCAAAGAAGAGAAAAUAUCUACCUGUGAUAACUUCUUGCUUAUAUGUGGUUUGCGAGCAGUCGCGGUAAUUCUCUUAUUAACUGGGAUUUCCAUUUACUUUGCUUGGAAGAAAAAGAGAACUGAAAAAGAUGAAGCCUCUGCUCUCUCGCAAACGACGGAAUAUCCAGAAAACUCUGUUUUGAUGGUUGAAAGGAGAAACUCUACUUCUUGCACCAACACAUAGUGUCAUCUUUCAUCUGCUGAAAUUUCACAUCUCUGUGGGUGUGAAAAUAACAUAUAGCAUAUGUUUUUAUUCAUUAAUCAUAUUUUACAUUUACACAGCUUAUACUGGAUU